UUUAUUCCCCCGGACGUAUCGUUUCUUUCUUCUUUCAAGUGAACAUGACCGUAGUCUGUAGAUAAAAUAUCUACGACAGUGUUACCACAAAAUACUCUAUGCUCAGUUUACUCUCGUGGUCGUGAACCCACAGAAAAACCCAUGAGCCCAAAACCAUCUCCCUCCCGUGGUGUAUAUAACCGCGUCCAACCAGAAACCCUAAAGACUCCCACCAAAAACAUCACCGGAGAAUCUGACGGCGGCUUAGCACCGACGGCUAUUGCCAAAAGAUUGUUUAUCUUCUUGGGGUAUUUUACAUACCUUUGGAAGAAACACAACUCUUUUGCGGUAGCUAAAAGCUAAGCUGGGUCAGUAUAACACAUAUUUUAUAAGUACUGCACUAUCUAAAAUAACACAAUGGCAGCUGCUCGUUCACUCUCCGCUGGGGUUAAAUCUCUUUACUCCGCCGUAUCCCACAACUUUUCUGGUUCCAUUGUCUUGAGGAGGAGUUACGUUGCGACAGUACCAGGAUUUGGUAAGGGAGGUUCCACAAGAGUUACGGUGGGAAAGUUGGAACAAAGAGCAAAUCAAGAGGCAGAGUCUGCGUGGGCCCCGGAUCCAGUCACGGGAUACUACAGACCAUUUAACCGUGCGGAUGAGAUUGAUCCAGCGGAGCUCCGUGAGAUGCUUUUGAAAAACAAAGCCAAGCCUUUAUGAGAAAUUCAAUUCGUUGGUUCCACUAGACUAUGUUGUAGGGGAUUAUUAUGAUUCCCGUUUUCUUGUUAUGUUUUUGUCUUAAAGAUCUAUCUUGAUUAAAGUAAAAUAAAGAUAC